AUGCUUCCACAGCCAACUGUGGCUCAUGCCUGUUUCUCACGACCCUCAUUGGAGGACGAUGCGACGAUGAGACGUCGAAUUUCCCGCUGCCUGGACUGCGAUCCAGAGAUUCGUCGGCUGAGUUUUACUUUCAGUCGGCCCUACGUCGGUGUGCAGACGCCCUUGGCGGUGCUUCAGCAGGGUGCAGGUCUCGAACAUUUAUUAACCGCCUAUAUCUCGACUGCGAUUGUCGAUCUCCAUGCUUAUAUGUCGCUAACAUUCGGGUGCACCCCGUCCUCUUUGCCAGCACGCCUGGCCGUCAAGCCAGGGCGGCUUCGGCAGAUGUUGGGAUGCAGUGGAUUCCAAAGCCGUCGAGACCCAUACCGACAAAGACUCAACCAUGUAGCACAGUCUCUCGCAACAAAAGUGGACAGUCCCCGAUUGGCUUAUUCCUGGUUGACGCACACUCCUGAAUUGAUCACCCUAGAUGAUAUUCUUUCCAGCCUCCCUCCUCUCCCGAGCUUGCGAUUAGAGUCACAGCCCAUCCCUAUUCUUCUCGUCACCCCAAGCUUUGCCCCCUGGGUUGAUACAGCCAGUACCUUUCUCGAGCAAUGGAUCAACCGGCUGUACCUUGGUCGGGAUUCUCAUGAACAUGUGCAUGCCUUUGUAGCAGUCAUUGAUAAGAUACCCGGCUCCCCCCUGGAGUCGAAUCUUGCCAUAGAGAACAAUGGUGUGUCUGAAUUGGAGGGUAUAUCGGUUUUGUUUUCUACUGCGGGCGACAUACAAGGAAAGGCCGCUGCGCCCCGUGGAGUCAGGGCCGCAAAUGCUCAGGAGGCAGCUCUUUUGUUUUCAGUCCGAACGGGUGUUCCGAACAUCCCCAACGGAAGCCUCCGUAGGCCAACUCAUGAAGUUGGCCUACGUCUUUCCAAUACAAUAUUCCUCAAUGGGAAAGAGAACACCCUGUUUGGGACACGCUGGUCCUACAACGCCUCUUCGUCCAAGUAUAGCCUGGAUCAGACCAUCGAAUUGUCACGUUGUAUUGUCACAUCCACCACAGAGUCCAUUCGCAGGAUUAUUGACCUCCCGCUACAUCCUAUUGGCAAGCGAAGGAGAGUAGUAUCUAGCAUGGGAAACAUCCUUCGUCAGAUAACUAAACAUGUUGAUGACAACUCGACGGAGCCAAUGCCGGCUUCUUCCGAGUUAGAGGAAGAGCUUCCUCGUUACGUUGCAGAACAUGAAAUUCCUGGCCAGAAGGUUUCCGUCUGGGCCUUGAUUGAGAGUCCCGAAAUCAAUGAAGCGAAUCGAACUUCGAACGCACUUUCAGACAUUAUUCAAUCGGGAGGCAAGCUGCACCACGUCAUGAGUGGCGGCGGUGGAUGGGGCAAAAAACAAGGUCUUUUGUCGCUAGAUCCCGAAACCGGCUUCAUGGACCUAGCUGAUGAUGGGGAUUUAUUGACCUCUGAUGAGUUGUUUUCCUCCACAGCCCCGACAUCAGUACCAGACAUGCCACCAUCGCUUGACAACCCUAUGCUCAUGGGCGAGCUGUCGUCUCUGUCACAGGUUGUCCGACCCGGUGACUACAUCCAAUUCUAUGUAUCAAUUACCUCAGAUUACGAAAGUGCCAGCCAGGCAGAGGUCCUGACUCCACAGGGGAGCGCCUCAUACCAUUUUGGGGUCGUGUCAGAUACUGAAAGCCGUGCGGUGCAGACGGCCGCCGGCACGGAACAUAAAUAUUUGGCCUUCGCUCCUAAUCACUUUGGGGCCUUGUCGGAGAAGGCAAUUACCUAUUUACAACCCGUCAAUCCAGCCAGGUCGGAAGAAGUGCUUGAAACCGGCACCAAACUCAACAUCCCUGGGUCCCGGGUUACAUUAAUGCUUGAAUAA